AUGCCACGCCAUAAACUCUUGAAAGGGUCGGUUUCAUUGACCUUGACAAGUGGCGAUGAUAAAAUAGAUCGUUGUGCCAUAGUGCAAGCAGUGAGUAAAAUUCUCGGUACAUCAGACACAAUUGAGUCCAUCGGCAAUUUGGAUUCCAUAAGAGAAUGGUUUAUCGGAUUUGGUGAACCAUUGUCCCAGCAAAAGUUGUUGCAAGAAGGAGAGUUGAAAGUCGAUUUGCAGAGUUUUUCAAUUCAGUUGCCGUAUCAAGAAACAAAAAUCAUCCGGUUAAUGGGAGUACCCACAUCGAUCAGUGAUGAUGAAAUAAGUCAAAUCGUGAGCCGAUGGGGAGUAGAGGCUCAAAUGAUGGAGGAAGUAAAAAAAGAUCAAGACAAUAAUGUGGAUGAGAAUCAUGAUAGUCCUGCGGAUAUGCCGGGCGGUGCAGAUGAUCCUCACGACGGUAUUGUCAAUGAACAAACAUAA